CGCACGGCCGGCGUCCGAGUUGUCAUAGAGGCGGAGAGGCGGCUAGACGGGCUGCUGCGGGGGUCCCACUUCCGGCCAUCUCCCUGGGCGACGCGCAUUGUGCCGUCAGAAGUGGGCAGCAGCCAGCAGGUCUCCGGUGGUCGGGACCGCGACGGCGGCCCCGCGGGCGGGAUGUUCCGCGGUUUGAGCAGUUGGCUCGGCUUGCAGCAGCCGGUGGUGGACGGCCGCCCGGUCGAAGGAGACGGGCAGCCUGAGGGAGAAGCCCCACCGGCGCCGCGCCCCGAGGCUGUGGCGGAGUCGGCUGAGAGCGAGCUCCUUCACCAGGCCAAAGACCUCGGCGGCUAUCUAUUUAACUUUGCAACUGCUGCUACAAAAAAGAUAACUGAAUCAGUUGCUGAAACAGCACAAUCGAUAAAGAAAUCAGUAGAAGAAGGAAAAAUAGAUGACAUCAUCGAUAAGACCAUUAUAGGAGAUUUUCAGAAGGAACAGAAAAAAUUUGUUGAGGAGCAGCAUACCAAAAAAUCAGAAGCAGCAGUGCCCCCAUGGGUUGAUAGUAAUGAUGAAGAAACAAUUCAACAACAGAUUUUGGCCUUAUCAGCUGACAAGAGGAACUUCCUUCGUGAUCCUCCAAUUGGCGUGCAGUUUCAUUUUGACUUUGAUCAGAUGUACCCUGUUGCCCUGGUCAUGCUCCAAGAGGAUGAACUGCUGAGCAGGAUGAGAUUCGCCCUUGUUCCUAAACUCGUGAAGGAAGAAGUGUUUUGGAGGAACUACUUUUACCGUGUGUCCCUGAUUAAGCAGUCAGCCCAGCUCACUGCUCUGGCCGCCCAGCAGCAGGCUGCCGAAAAAGAGAAGAGCCAUGGCAGAGAUGAUGCGUUGCCACUGACAGAGGCAGUACGGCCCAAAACGCCACCUGUCGUAAUCAAAUCUCAGCUUAAAACUCAAGAGGAUGAAGAGGAGAUCUCUACCAGCCCAGGCGUUUCUGAGUUUGUCAGUGACGCUUUCGAUGCCUGUAACUUAGAUCAGGAGGAUCUGAGGAAGGAAAUGGAACAACUGGUGCUUGACAAAAAGCAGGAGGAGACAACCGUAUUAGAAGAUGAUUCUACAGAUUGGGAAAAGGAACUACAGCAGGAACUUCAAGAAUAUGAAGUGGUGACAGAAUCAGAGAAACGAGAUGAAAACUGGGAUAAGGAAAUAGAGAAAUUGCUGCAGGAAGAAAAUUAACUGUUUACUUAAAUAAGAAUCCUUAACAUUCUGUAACUGACAUUAAAUUCUAGCUGGUAACCCUCGUUGAAUCAAAAGGCACAAAGAGUAUAACUUUAUGAAACUCAAAAUUAUUCUUUUUUCACAUUGAAACUUGCCUCUUUAAAAAAUAUAUAGAACAGUUAUUCUAAUCAUUAAAAAGGGAUGCUUUAUGUAAUAUUCCUUUAAUAUAAAUCUAGUUAGAGAUGAUGUUCUUAUGGUCAAUAUUGAUAUCUUAGCCACAGAAACACAAGUAAAAUUUUAGAAUUUUGUUUCUGUGAGAUCACAAAUCUUCAACUGUCGUUUUCUAAACAUUUGUACUUCUUGUUGCACUUUUGUUGAUACACUUAUGUUAAAGUAUUUAAUGGAUUGAUAACUAUCAAAAUUACCAAAUAGUACCAAAGAACUUAAGAGGAAGCACUUUUGGAACUGUUUUCUUGGUAAGUAUUUUCUACAAUUCCAUCUGGAGGCCAAAAGAUAAAAUAAUCAUGUUGAUUUUAAAGGUAUAAGCAUCACGAGAUUUGCCCUGGCCGGUGUGGUUCAUUUGGUUGGGCAUUGUCCAGUUAACCAAAAGGUUGUCACUUCGAUUCCUGGUCAGGGCACAUGCAUGGGUUUCUCAGGCUUCCAUCCCCAAUAGGGAGUGUGCAAGAAGCAGCUGAUCAAUGUUUCUCUUUCACAUUGAUGUUUCCCUCUGUCUCCCUCUCCCUCCCUCUGUCUUCAAAAGUCAGUAAAAAGUCUUUUUCUUUCUUUUUUAAAUCACACAAUUUGACGAGAAGCACUGUGCAGAAAUAUUUUUUUCUCUGGGGCCUUUUCUUUCUCAUUUCUUUUUAACUAUACCACAUAUAAUAAUACUGUUUUUCUAAAUUUCUCAUCAUGGCUUAUAAAAAGCAGGGCCUCUCAUUUUUUUUGUAUUAAUGACCAUCAAAAGCCAGAUAACCUUAAAGUCUCUUGUUCUUGUUUAAAUUGUCACCACAUAGAAAUAACUUUGUCUUAAUUAAACUGUCAGUCCUCAUAAAAUUGUGUUCCUCUGAGUACAACUUAUGGAACGUCAUUGAUCAGUCCUACUUGCAUUCUGCUAAACUAGAAGAUGGUCAUUUUAAAAGAACAUGGUGGCUUAACUUCUAAGGCAUUUGCUUCCCAAACCCUUCAUAUUUUUCAAGGAGCCUUUAUUUCAUAAAGGGGAAUAGAAUUAAGACAAUUCUUUAUAAGAAAAAUAUACACAUUAGCCUGUGGUCUUCUGACAAAUGUAUAGUCAACGAGAGAACUGAGUGUGGGUCCAAGCGUUCAUUAUUCUUAUGUUUGUAGUUUGGGAUACACAUGUGUGAGUGAGCCAGGCUGUCCUCAGCUAGGAUGACUUGAAUUGUAGCAAUAAACUCACAUACUCUAGCCAGUUUGGCUCAGUGGAUAGAGUGUCGGCCCUCAGACUGAGAGGUCCUGGGUUCAAUUCCAGUCAAGGGCACAUAUCUCAGUUGCAGGCUGGAUCCCCUACCUGGGAGGCAACCAAGACACAUCGAUGUUUCUCUCUUUCUAUCUCUCCCCCUCUUCUCUACUCUGAAAAUCAAUGGAAAAAUGUAUCCUUGGGUGAGGAUUGAAAAAUAAACUCACAUACUCAUGAAACCACUGACUCGUUAUCAAGAGAUUUCCACUGUGUUGCCACAGUUGCUGAUUACUGAGUUUGGGUUCACAGAUGAUAAUUGGCAGUUUCUGAAAUAAUGCUAUUAAAGGGAAAGGUUUGUUUAUUUGUUCAAACAGAAUUUGCUGGAGGGAUAGAAACUUGCUAAAUGUUUUGAAGUUGCUGAAAAUCCUAGAUAUAAGCAGAUCAGGAUAUGACAGUGCUUGGCUCUUAGUAUAUGCUCUAAAAUUGUUAUUGGUGAAUGUUGAAUAAAUACCAAAAAAAGGUUUCAGAGAAAGUUAAAAACCUAAAGUGACAAUAGAAGAAUGUUACUGUUGUUACUGUCAAUUUUAUGUGAUACUCAUUGCAUUUAAAAACAACCUAAUUGUGCAUUGCCCUGUGAGGGGGGAAAAAAGGAUAAAAUAAGACUAUACACAGCAUAAAAAUAGGCUGUAUUUUUAUGGAUUCAUCAAGGAGUAAAAUGUUCUUUUGUAAAUUAUACAGGUAACUGAAGUGUUACUCCUUUAAAGGGCAAAAUGAUUUGUAACCAUGUUUGGUGGAAAAUUUCUGAGUAAUACAUGCCUAGGGCUUAGCCAACAAGGUACACUGAGCAUAAUAAACACACAUAAACUUCACAGAAUGUUCAAAUAUGCACAUACUUCAUCACACUACUCACUGCUGGCUCAGGAACCAGUAUGAGCUGCCUGUCCUGGGAGUUUGUUAGAAAUGCAGGGUCUCGGGCCCUGCCCCAUACCUGCUGGUCUAGACUCCAUGGAAGUUACAAUGGUCUUUAAGGGUGAAAUGCACUGGACUAAUGUACUGAUGCAGUUGAGAAUUCUGGUGCUUUUUACUUUUUGCCGAACCACUAUCAUCCUUGGCUGACAGUAUCUUUCUAGUUACAAGUGCCUCCUCUGCUGUUCAGUCGGUACUCACUGCCCACUUCCUUUCCACACUGCCAAAUUAAGAGGAGCCAAGUCCCUAGGGGAACACAAAUAAUCCUGUGAAAUCAGAUGUUUCUCUUAUGCACAUUUCUAAGGAAAAUGAUGACACUAAGAAGCACAGAAAUGAGGCUCUUGGAAACAUUUUACGUGUUUGAGACAUUUCUCUGAGCUGCUCGGUGGCAUCCAAGGCCUGAUGCACCCUGUAGGCUGUAAAGGAUGAAUGACCUGUGUGGCAUGUUUAUGCACAUGAAAUCAAAUACAGAGAUAGUUGAAAGGUAGUAGAACAUCAAACUAAGUCUUUAAAGCCUGCUUUAGGUGCAUGGAGCAAUAUUAUACAAGAAAUAACAUCUACUUUUUUAUGGUUAUAGCAGUUUGUGGCAAGUAUGUCAAAUCCUCAGCUGAGUUGACCAGUCUUAGCAGGAGGUUGUGCUCUGCUAUGGCAGACUCAGGUACAUCAUCACAGUUUCCUUAUAUACUCAAAAGUGGGAAAUCUCAAUUUGUAAUUUGUGAAAUGUUAAACUAGAGAAGCUUUUAGGAAAUAAAGCAGCAGUUAUACUUGUACUCACAGUGCUUUCAAAUGCGCUAUACCCAAGAUGGUUUUCCACGAUCAAAAUAGUGUUAUAAAGAGGAUUUUAGAACAUGUUAAAGGUUUACCAAAAGAAAACUAAUGAUUACAUUCAACUUGCAAUAUUUUAUUUCCUUCGACUGCUUUGCUAUAAAAGCUAGGACUCUGCUUCUAUAAUUUAAAUAAUUUGAUAGGGUUGCUCUUUCUGGUACUAAAUUUUUUCCUCCAUUUUUAAGUAAACAUUUUUCAACUAUAAAAUAGGGGAGUUUAAUUUUAGCAAAUUUUGUUUUUGGCUUUUAAAAUUAUAAGUGGUAGAAAUUUUGAUAUAGUUUAUAUAAUCAGUUUUAUUCAGAAGAAAACAGGCUAUUUUAAUAAGUGAUUACUUCUAUACAUUGAUAAGAAAAAGUUACAAAAUGCAUGUUACAGUACCCAAAAAUGAUGACAAAUAUGCAGGGUGUCUAUAUAUAUAUAUACAUACAUACAUAUAUAUAUAUAUAUAUAUACACACACACACACACACACUUUAACUGCUGAUAGCUCAAUGUUUCUUUUCAGAUUUAACCCAUUGGAAUUAAUUAUUCAAAGUGUGUAUAUAUUUUUGGGACACCCUUUAUAGUAAUCAAGCUUUGAUCACAUGCAGUUAUAUAUUUCUUACAAAUCAUCAAACUAUCUGGUCUUCACACUAUGGGAUUUGUUUAGAUAAAGGCAUUUAUGAUUUCAGUUGUUAAACUUUAUUUUUUUACAGCACUUAUUCAAUGUGUCCUGAUUUAUUUCCAAUAUGGAAAACUAUGUUAUAUUUAUUCUGAAGAAAUAAACCUCACUUUUAGUGGUAA